AUGGUCAAUGACGGCUUCGAAAGGUUCAAAAAGGGUAUGAUUGAGAAUUAUGGAGUCCAGCUUGACGCGUUGACCGACUUCUUAGCUGGUCCGGCGGUCACCGAACCAACUUGGGAAAACGUAAAAAAAUUCCACGUCAAGAAUCUUUAUCCUAUCAAUGACUUGACAGACGAUGAAAGAGAGAAGCUCGGAGUGCUUUUGUAUUUGUCCCAAACCGGGAUUAUUCCGAUGACGGCAUCCGAGCUGGCCGAAGUUGUAGUCCGUAUCUUUGUGGACUCACCAUGUGGCACCGAGGCUGAGCCGCGAGGAAUGGAAACGGCAUACAAGGCGAAGUAUGAGAAACUUCUGGGCUUGUUCGAUAGCUCUGCAUGGCCAGGCAUGGCGAACAAGUUUGAUGCUUAUUUGACUCCCGAAGUCUUGAAAGACCUGAAGACUGGAGAUGGCCAAGAGCUGAUCAAACUCAUUCACGUGCGAAAGCAGGCCGAAACGGAAGAAGUGUGGAACAACCGUGUUUCUGGGGUCAUGAAAGACGCAAAGAUCAAAGACGGAAUGGCCAACGUGGCAGCUGCCCUUGGAUCUAGUGCAUUUGGUGCCAUGGUUUCAGCCGCAGCCACAAUUCUGAUUCGAGUUAGUGCAAAGAGCCCAGAACAUGUGGCAAAUUGGUUUGCAUCAAGAUGGACGUUUGGAGUUCCCUUCCGUACGGACCCGGAUAUUCUUGCUCAAACCUGGAUUGGAAUCGGCCCGAUGCAUCCAUCUCUUGCAAUCCUGUUCGCAGCUAUGUACGAAACGGUAGAGGAGAAGGCCGUCUCGAACCAGGUUGAAGCUUCUUUCCGUCGGGAUAUCGAUCUUCGAUUCUCAUUCCUCGGAUUUCACUUGCUGAGCGGAAUGCUCGGCGUCUCUAGAAUUUCUGGAAAAGGCUAUUUGGAAAUAGCCACAGCCACUGCUCACGGGUCAACCGAAGAGGGAUGGAGACGCUUGUGUAAAUUCCAGAAGACACUUGAUGCGGCUCUUAAAUCGAAGAUCUCAUCACUGACUCUUGCUCCCGCCGGAACCAUCCCGAUGUGUUUGUUGCGUUACAUUCGAUUGAUGUCGACAAACAUCAGCGACGAUUUGAACUCUCGUAAAAAUCCCUUCCUCUCUUAUCUUUUCGCCGCCAUCGAGUAUUGUUAUCGCGGAAGCCCGGUAAAUAGCGGACCAAACGAGUCAAAAAUUGCCGGAUGGGCCGGAUUGCCCAAAGACACGCGCGAAGUUUUGAUGGCAUGGGCUGCAGUAAUUCAUCAAGACUGGAUUUCCACUUCGGAACAAAAGAUCAUUGGCGUAGGAAUCGCUCCGUCCAUCCCAUCGCUGCCAUCAAAUGAAUCUAUGGAAUCUAUUGAAGAUCUAUUCAAUCGAUUGAAGGGAUUGAAGAAAGCU